AUGUCAAAAUCUUCCCUUUCUGCACCAGCUACUUCUAUUUUCACAACUGACGGCGAAUUCGAGUUCAACGUUAAUAGUCUGAACUUUGAAAACUAUCUUUCAUCGCCUACAAGCGAAGAAGCCGAACCAAAAUCUUCCUCUGAGGCUACUCAAAAUUCUCCUCGAAACUCCCCUUUACAAGAUUCUCCGACAAAUAUUUCUCCAAACCAGCCUCCAAGGAAUUCGAAACAAAAUUUUUUUUCUUUAUUUAAAAAAAGAGAUAGUUCAAACACUAUAAAUACCAGUCCUAUAACCCGCCCCAUCUCUGCACCACCCCAACAUCUACUGGUUAAUACAAAUAUGCUCGAGCAUGAUAACAAUUUGGUUACUGCAGGAAAAACUGUACAAAAUAUCUGUGAUUUAGAGACUGAUCAAUAUAUAAUUGGUAGCGUUAGUGUACCGGACCUCCCUGCAUUGGAUACUAAUGCGUUAGAUGAUGAGUACAAUGCAAUGAUUAAGCUGCAUGCCAGUGAUAUAGGAAACCAUGCUUCUGAUGGAACAUAUGGCUUGGGUAAUGACUUUUCCGGAGGAAAACCUUCAAGCAUUUCCUCUAAAAAACACAGUAAAAGAAAAAACAGUAUAACUUCUGAAAAAAUGAAUAAGGAAGAUACUGGAUUUAGGAAUACGAUGAAAAAUACUAUGCGUAAAACUUCUACAUUUUUCAAAAAACUUGGUAGCAAGACUUUAGAUAAUUCAACUAAUCAAAGUGAACGUCCUCCACUUCCUGAUUUUCAAACUCAAAACUCUCAAAUUAAAUCUUUUGAAACAUAUUCUUCCACUUUAAAUGUUAAAAAAGAUUCUUUAAAUUUGGAACCUACUACAACCAUUGAUGAUAGUUUUUCGGAUAAUAGUGCAAGUAUUGAUGAAAAAGAAUUACUUAAACGUACUUUACAAGAAUAUUCUUCUGUAUAUGUUGAUUACCCAUUAGAUGAUGAUAAUGAUCGAAAAUCUGGUUUGUACCGAAUGUCCUUAUUAGGUGCAAAUAAAAGUGUUCCUGAUAAUAUUGGUAGAACUUAUGAUUGGAAUGCUCGAUUUUCAAGUUCAAGUGAUAAUACUGAAAGUAUACCAGUAAAUACGAAUUAUGCUACAAAUUUUUUUGAUAAUAAAAGAGUAAGCGGAAAUACUUUUAUGAGUUUACCAGUAAUAAAAAGUGAAAAAAGAAAAGUAGAAUCAAAAAUGGUAUUAGAUGAUAUAAAAACAUUUAGUUUAUCAAGAGUUAAAGAAGAAGAUGGUGAAGAUGGUGAUACUGCUGUCCAAAAAAUCUCAACUAAAGGUUUAAAGACAAUCAUGAAAGGAAACACAAAAAAUUCAAGUAAGCAAUAUGACGUAAAAAGAGAUGUU